AUGAGCUCCCAAGAUUUCAUUAAGGCUCAGAAACUUAGUCAUGGAACCUUUGUGUACCGGCCCACCGACGAAGAGCUAAGUACGGGGUCUCUUUGGGAGAAACUGUCAAAUUUCGGAGAGAAUCUAUAUUGGAUGUAUUACAUACAUUUGCCAUAUUACUUGAUGACUUCUGGCGAUGCAUUCGGUCUGCACUCGUUUUUCCUAGCGAUGUUCACGCUGGGGCUAUUUGGGCUGGUCAAAUACAUUUUUCUGUGA